AUGCCUGGUGGCUUCUGGGUCCUUGCGCCGCCUAAAGCAAGACCUAAAGCAAGACCUAAAGCAAGGCCUAAGGCAAGGCCUAGCAGGGGCCUGCAGAGGGCGGGGAGGAGGGGGAAAGCCCGGGAAAAGGCCCGGCAAGAGCAAAGCCAGGUAAAAGGAUUCGCUAGAGGCAAGCGCUGCUGUACAUCUUAUAAAUGUCUCAACGCGGCAUUUCCCCUGGUCCCUUGGUCUGCCGUGGCCGCCCUGCAUUGCACCCUGGAAACAGCCGUGUUGCAUGCAUCUGCACCUGGCACCCAGCACCCAUGUCGAGGCCAUAAGAAUAUGCUGCCAAAUUGCAAUGAGAAAGGGUAA